AUGAUGGAUCGUGUUCCUCCUUUGACUGCCAAUUACUCUCAAGCCUGCUACGCCUGCCUCAAAACAGAAGGUCCGAAUACAAAGAUGUCGCGCUGUACACGCUGCAAACGCGUGUCAUACUGUGGAACAGACUGCCAAAAAAAUGACUGGCCAAAACACAAAGCAAUCUGCAAGGCACUGGACGCAGUAGAAAAGAACCCUCUUGCCGUCAUGACUCUGACUUCUUCUCUCGCUGACGCACCAUCUACCGAUAUCAACUUUCUGAAUACUCUCGGUGAUCAAAUAGUUCAAAAUGAAAUCAGUCAAAUCAUGCAGCCCUUUCGCAAAGAAGGACGUCCACUGAAUACCGCUGAACAAAAUCUGCUAGCAUUCCAACCCCGCUGCAUGGCUUGCGCCAGGACUGACCGUCUCCUCCGAAUGAAACCCUCGCCACUUCGUUCCUCGUCUCUUUCUUCUUGUCCAGACUGUAAAAUGGCUUUCUACUGCUGCGACGAUCACUGGGAAGCUGUCCGCCAUAUACAUCGGGACCAGGCCUACGAAGAGGGACUGACCCAGUGUCAGAUCAAUCAGCAACUGCGUGCUGAUAUUCUCUUUGCAGGCUUGAUGAGUGGAAUGCCCGUGCCAUUUUCUUGGGCCCCGGAGCGUUUGAAGGAUGCUUGGCUUACACUACAAGGUGCGACGUGGGAGAACGAGUAUCAAGAUGAUGUUCGGAGCGCGUUUGGUGCGGCUUUGCCUACAUCUGUGGUGGUCCGAGCGGUCUCGAACCAGCUGUCGAUGCCUAUGACGAUUUUAUGGGCAUUGGAACACUUGAACGAGGGUGACGCGUGGACCACAAAGGAAACGUUGACUAUUCAUAUCGUCGGCGCGUAUGAGGCUGAAGUCUUAGCUGGCCAAGUCUUUGAGGAAAUUCUUCACAGACUUCCUCAGGUAAAGACUCUCAAGCUCGUUCUUUGUGGUCCACAACUGCCAAAUAUGAUGAAGCCAUGGUCUUCCAAAGUGAUGACCAUGGACACAUGCUCAGACUGCAAAAGCAAAUCCCGCGCUCGUUUCCACGAGCAUUGUCGCGAAUUGUACCAUGAGCUUGGUGCUGGUUCUCACUUCCAAAACCCCGACCUUGCCGUCGCCUUCAACUCUGGUCUCUCAGAAGAAAGCGCUGAUACGUGGCCUAACACCAUCAAAUUCCUCAGCCAGCGACGCAUACCCUCAAUCUUCACUGCUUACAAUCGCCAUGAAGCGGAAGCCGACGCCAAGAUCCUCGCAUACUAUGGUGCGCGAUUAGUACGUACCCUCGGACCUAGAAAGAAUCCGUGGGGGAGUCUUCUAGCCAAGCCCGAACCGUGCAAGGUGUAUGGAUUCUAUUCUGUGAAUGGCUGGGUGGCUGGAGCAUUCCGUUAA